CCAAAACCCGUCGCAAGUGCAUACGGCCCCUCCAAAACUUGCGAUUGAGUCACCUACCCAACCACGUUUACCCGGCGCCGCUUUUUUUGUCCCUUUUGAAGUCGGUACCCCCUCCGCGCAACAAGCGCCCGAGAUCUCGGAAGCCAGGCCCAGCAGUAGCAGCCGCGCGUUUUCCACGUCCAAGUCUUCGUCGUCGUCUCGUAACCAAAGCGAUAGUCACGAACCACAACUGCCCAACAUGGCGCCGAAAUCAAAGUUUGAGCUCAAGACCCCAAAGGGCACCAAGGAUUGGUUCGGCAAGGACAUGCUCAUCCGCGAGAAGAUCUUCUCGCAGCUGAAGGGUGUCUUCCAGAAGCACGGUGGCAUGGAGCUUGAUACCCCCGUAUUCGAGUUGAAGGAGAUUCUGUCAGGCAAAUAUGGCGAAGACUCGAAGCUCAUCUACGACCUGGCCGAUCAGGGUGGUGAAAUUACCUCCCUGCGAUACGAUUUGACCGUUCCCUUUGCGAGAUGGCUCGCCAUGAACAAGGACAUUCAGAGCGUCAAGCGCUACCACAUCUCAAAGGUCUACCGCCGGUACGAUUCACGACAUCAUCUUUCUAUUAUAUAGUCGGCAGCUGGCUGACAUACUCUUCACAGUGACCAGCCUGCCAUGAACAAGGGCCGCAUGCGUGAGUUCUAUCAGUGCGAUUUCGACA